UCUUAUUUGAAAAUAUAAAGGGCCUAAAGAACAAAGACAGGCUCAUAGAAAAAGAGUAUGGUAGGAGACCUUGCUUUAUCGGAUUGUGAAGACUUGGAAAGCUCCCAUAGCUAAAACAUAGUGGCACCGGCACAGGGAUAAACAAAGAGACCAAUGGAACAGAACGUCCUAAGUCAGAGCCAUGAAGGUAAGGAGACUUGAUUUAUGACAGAUGGUACUACAAAGCAGUGGGGGAAACCGACUAAAUAAUGCUGCUGGGAUCAUUAUCUGUGCGGCAUUCACAAAAACAAAUGACUGGUGGGCUGUGACUAACGAGGAUACACAGGAUCCUUCUUUAAUGUACUCAGUUUAUGUUGGGACACGAGAUACAAGAGUUAAUCUUCUGGCGUGGACCUCGGGUCCCAGUGAAUGCUUCACAACCGUCUCUCAUCGCGAAGCACACAUCCAGAGCGCUCUCCUCGUACCGCCCCUGCUCCUCCAGAUCCAGUUCUAGCCUCCUAUUCCCCGUUUUCUCAAACGUGCCGUGAACGCCUCCGGAUUCCCAGCCCUGAAGUCCGCUCUUCCCUGUACGGAUCCAGACUUUCCCAAUAUGGCCGCGCCCUCAGAGCGGCGACGAGACAGAGCGGGAGCGGCCAUUUCCGGCUCAGGCCUGGUCUGUGAUUGGCUUAGCGUCCCGGUGAGGUUGGAAGACUGCAGGAGAGAGCGCUGAGGUUCUACUAAGCAUGCGCGACCGCACUGACAGCCGCUGCCGAGGUGGAAGAACCGGACAUGAGAAGUCUCGAAAAGUGGAGAAAGGAUGGGCUGGAUCUGCACCUUUCGUGUCUGGCCGGCCUACUCCGGUCGCCUACGGUGGCCAUCUCGCUCUCCGUACAGCGCACGACCCAAGAUGGCGGGCACGAUCCGCAAUGGCCGCUCCCGCCAAUACGCAGCGAAAUCGUCGCGGCGGAGUUAGCCAGCGGUAAUUCUAGCCGGGGCCGGAGUGAGGGUUUGUGGCUUGAUCGCUCACUCCAAAGUGCUACUCAAUCUGAGUAAUGGCUCUGGACGCGGGCCAGCACACCAGGUGAACGGAAGCGGAAGUGGCGUAUUGAGGAUUGGGUUCCCACGGCGUAAGGUCACAGAUUCGCGGUCCAGGUCCCGUGAGGUUUCUACAGGCUCCUUUCAGAGUCCCUCGUUGUGGGAAUUCCUCGACCUGAGCUGCGGUUUGCGGUGGGUGCUCGUAGGAAGGUGCUUGUUUAAGGCCGUUUGGAGGCUGUCGGAGUCUUCGGCUGGCAUCAGUGUUUAGGACGAGAGACCAUUCCUGCUGACAGUGACAGGUGUGCUUCGGAACGCGCUCCCAGGCCGUAGACAGAGGCUCUGGGGGAGCCACUGACCCAGGGGCCCAUCGGGGUCCGGUCGGUGAGGAAAGGAUUGGGGGUUAGUCGUCUGGGGUUCCUGUGGUCCGAGUUCGAGCAUCCGAGGGGUUCGUGAUCCCUGUGAAAAUAGCUGUCUGGGGGGGGUGGGGCUGUGAGUAGGUGCAAGAGCGAAGGGCAGGGUGUGCAGCAGCCUGGCGUCCGUGGGAGAGGUGGGUGGGGUUGGCACGCGAGGAGGCCUCAGGGAGACAGACAUUUGGGUGUGUAUGAAGCAUUGAAGUGUUACGUUUCCCAGCUUUUCAUACUGAAUUUUAAGCAUAAAGAGAACUCGAAAGAACAGCAAAGUGAUCACGAGUAUACCUGCCAUAAAUAGAUCCAUUGUUAAAAAUUGUGCCAUGAACACUGUGUGCGCGUGUCAGCCAGUGUAUACGUGUUUGCAUGCAAGUGAAACAUGUUAGUCCUAGCUUUUUAUGUCCGUUCUGCUACUUGUUUGUGUGAUUUGGGGUGAGGUACCAAGUUCUAUCUAUAAUUCGCAUUUUUCCCAUGCAGACAAAUUGGUAUCUACGUCACAGAGGUACUCCUGAGGGCCCUACCUUCAUGACCUCAUCAAACCUAAUUGUCUCCCAAAGGCCCUGUGUCCAAAUACACAACUAAUCCUGAGUUUGGGGGCUGUGAAUUUUUUUUUAUUUUUUUAAGUAGGUUCCCCGCCCUAGGUAGGGCUUGAACUCACAACCCAGGACCCUGAGAUCAAGCGUGGCAUGCUCUACUGACUGAGUCAGCCAGGCGCCACCUAGACGACAUAAAUAUUAAGUCCAUAACAGAUGCUGCCUUCCCAGAAUGAGGCACUUCCUAUAAAAGAAAAAAAGUAGAUCUCGAGUCUAGAAAUUCAUCCUUACUGAGGAUACUCUUGACACCGGAGACACCUGAAUGCUGAAAAUGACCAAGUCCCAGAUCAAAAAGGGUUAUGUUAUUACAGGGCUUAUUGUCAUUCAGUGAUGUGGCUGUGGAUUUCACCUGCGAAGAAUGGGAGCUACUAGAUACUGUUCAGAAGAACCUCUACCGGGAUGUGAUGUUGGAAAAUUACAGCAACCUAAUGUCAUUGGGUUAUCACGCUCCCUGGCCAGAAGCAACGGUUCCUGUGGAGAAAGGAGUGCAAGGACUGGUAGAGAGAGAAUUCCCAAGUUCGUGUAGUCCAGAAAGACCCCUUCAGUGUUUCUCAAGAGGAAUACGUUUGAAACAAUAUUCAGAUCCAAAACUUCAGAAUAAAAAUUCUGCAGAAAUGAAUUCCAAUGAAUUAAGUGGCCAUGGGAAAUCAUUUUUCCAUACUCUACAUGAAACCUGCCAUACUUCAGCCCAGUACAGUGAACAUAAUUUCUGUGUGAAGACUUUCAGCACGGUGAAAAAUCUCAAAAGACAUCACAGAAUUCACACAGAAGGAAAACCUUAUGAAUGCAGUGAAUGUCCCAAAUCCUUCAGGUAUAAGUCAAAGCUCAUAAUACACCAGAGAACUCAUACAGGAGAGAAGCCGUACAGAUGCCCUGAAUGUCAGAAAGCUUUCAGUACAAAAUGUCAUCUUACUCUGCACCAGAGAACUCAUACAGGAGAGAAACCGUAUGGAUGUUUUGAGUGUCCAAAGUCUUUCAGAACAAAGUAUCAUCUCAUUUUACACCACAGGACUCACACAGGAGAGAAACCCUAUGAAUGCAAAGAGUGUGGCAAAGCCUACAGAGAGAAGACAAAGCUCAGGUUGCAUUACCGCACACACACAGGAGAGAAACCUUUUGAGUGUAGUGACUGUGGGAAAGGUUUCAUGCAGAAGUCAAACCUACUUAUCCAUCAAAGAACUCAUACAGGAGACAGACCCUAUGCAUGUAAAGAAUGUGAAAAGACCUUCUGCAGUAAGUCUCAGCUUGUUGUUCACCAGCGAACUCACACACGAGAAAAAUCGUACGAAUGCAAGGAAUGUGGGAAAGCCUUCAGUAAAAACUCACAUCUCCUGACACAUCAGAGAAUUCAUAUAGGAGAGAAGCCUUAUGAAUGCAAUGAGUGUGGAAAAGCUUUCGUACACACAUCACAGCUCAUUGUACAUCAGAGAAAUCACACAGGAAGAAAACCUUAUGAGUGUAAGGAAUGUGGAAAAGCCUUCAAUAAAAAGUCACACUUCAUAACACAUCAGAGAAUCCAUACGGGAGAGAAGCCUUAUGAAUGCAGUGAAUGUGGAAAAGCAUUUAUAGACAACUCCCAGCUUAUCGUUCAUCGAAGAACUCACACAGGAGAGAAACCUUACGAGUGCAAGGAAUGUGGGAAAGCCUUUAAUAAAAAGUCAUCCCUCAUAACACAUCAGAGAAUUCAUACAGGAGAGAAGCCUUAUGAAUGCAGUGAGUGUGGAAAAGCCUUCAUCGACAAGUCACAUCUCAUUGUCCAUCAGCGAACUCAUACAGGAGAGAAACCGUAUGAAUGCGGUGAGUGUGGAAAAGCUUUCAUACGAAAGGCGAUGCUCAUUGUCCAUCACAGAACGCAUACAGGAGAGAAACCCUUUGUAUGUGUCGAAUGCCAGAAAGCCUUUAGCAGUAUGGCAAUGCUCAGUAGACAUCAGUUGAUUCACACAGGAGAGAAACCCCAUGGAUGCAAUGAAUGUGGAAAAGCUUUCCGCCAAAAAAGCCAUCUUAUCAUCCAUCAACGGUGCCAUACUGGAGAGAAACCCUAUGGGUGUGUUCCGUGCGGUCAGAUCUUCAACCAGAAGUCACAGCUCAUCAGACAUCAGAGACGCCACACAGGAGAGAAACCAUAUCAGUGCACUCAAUGUGGGAAAGCCUUUUUUGAGAAAUCAUACCUCAGUGUUCAUCAGAGAAGUCACGUGGGACAGAAACCUUAUCACUGUAAUGAGUGUGGGAAAACAUUCUCUGUCAAGUUCUUUCUCACUUCACACGAGGAAAUUCACACAGGAAAGAAAUCUCGGGAACACAGCGCUGGAAAGACUUUAGUGAAGGGCCAGAUCUCACGGAAUACAAAAGAAUCCACACAAAGGACACCCUCUGAAUGCAGGGAACGUUAGGAUAAUUUUGGUCUUUGUCAGUUCCAGAAAACUUAUCCAGGAGGGACCUUUUAAAUGCAGUGAAUAUAGGAAAACCAUCUACCACCAGUGUAGCCUAAUUUCAUUAGGGAAAGGCCUACAAAUGAGGUGAAAAGUCAACAUCUUUUCUCGAGAAGAGAAAUCCCAUUAUACGUCACACAGAAAUAAAACCUGGCCGCAACAGAUGUGUUUGAGGGGUCAUCAUAUAAUAGUUUUCACUGAGGGGGAAGAAAAAAACUCGUAAAUGUUGGGAAUCCUGGAACACCUUCCAAGCAAAUGAGCUUUCACACCAAAGAAGAUAGCUGACUGAAGACUUGUGAUAAGAGAUGCCUCUGGCAUGAAGUCCAAAACUUACUGUGCAUCAGAUAAUACUUAUUAAGGAGAGUUAGUGUAAUGUAAUGACGCUGGGCCAGUUGCUUACAUAUAAACUUUAUAAUAGAAAUUCUGUUCCUGUCACAUUACCAUUUAUUUAUAAAAAAUACAACAUGAAGUAGUCAAGAAGAGCAAAUAACUGCAGUAUGCUAAAAGACAGUUUUGUUUCAUGUUUGAAUAUAUGGAAUAGUCAAAGCAGUAAUUUAAGAAAGGUCCAAGAUGUAUGUGAUUUUGUGUCCAGAGGAUUUUUGUAGCACGUGUAUGUCCUGAGUUUCAGGUUUCAUAAGAUCAUGAAAGAAAAUCGUAUACCAUAAAAUUCUUGUUUGUAGGUGUAGAAUCCAUCAAGAAAUGCCAGCAUUGUAAAUUUUUGUAUAUCUUAUAAAUUGCAAGGGAAGUAAUUAGGCUUAAAACUAAACAAGACUUAAAAAAAAAAAAACUUGGCUGGUAUGUGUGAACGGAUCUGGUAAUACUUUUUAGCCAUUUGGGAUAAUAUUCUUUUUUAACACAAAUUGUCUUCUGCCACUCUGAUUUAAUUGAUUUAAAUAUAUCAAUACGUGUGGUGUAAAAGUUAAAUAAGUCUAUAGAAUAAACAAGGUCCCUUUUCACCAUUUCCCCAAAUCCUCCCUUUCCUUUUCCAUUAUUAUUUUUUUUAAUGUUUAUUUGAGAGAGAGAGUGUGUGUGCACAUGAGCAGGGGAGAGGCAGAGAGAGAGAGUAGGAGAAAGAGAAUCCCAGGCAGGCUCCACACUGUCAGUGCAGAGCCCAAUGCUGGGCUCAAUCCCCCGAACCAUGAGAUCAGGAGCCAAAAUUCAGAGUCGGAAGCUUAACUGACUGAGCCACCCAGGUACCCCCCAAAAUACUGAGAUUUAAGAGUGAUGAGUAAUCACAACUCUUCUGUCCCUGAGUUUUGAAAAACUGGAAGCAGCUGGUAUCUGCCCCAGUCCCCUGCUCAUAUACUCUCUAAAAUAAAAAAAUAAACUUUAAUUUUAAGUAAAUAAAACCUAAAAAAAAAUCCAUGUUUAAAGUAAUCAUUAAGGGAACAGGAACAGAGUACAUAUUUUCCAAACUAGUCAAGGGCAAAGGCAGAAUGAUUAAAAAACAAAAAUUACCAUGAACCCAAAAGAAGGCAGAGUAUAAAGAAACGUGGAAUAAAAAAAGAUAAAUUUACGCUGAUAAAAAUAUUUAUGAAAGGAAGUUUUGAACAACAUAACAAAAAUCAAUAUAAUGGAGAUAUUGUAUACAAUGUUCUCAAAAUUCACAGAAUUUUCAAGCACUUAUUUUCCAUAGUUUACCGUGUUGGCCAUGUUCUAGCCUAUAACGCAAAUCUCAACAAACCUGAAAGGACUAAAUAAUGUGCACUCUUGUUCUGUAAGCCGACAUACACUAAGUCCAGGACAAAAAUUAGCUAGAAAUCUGUAAUUCUGGGAAUCAAGAAAUAAAUUAUAAAUAUUACAUUGUUGCA